AUGGAUGAGGAAAUGGACGAAGCGGAUACCCAAUCUCAGGUGUAUAUGGCGUGCAUUCUGCAUGGGCAUCGGGUCGGAAUUGCUUAUUACGACUCGAGUAUCCGUCAACUCCAUGUCCUUGAAGUUUGGGAAGAUGGCAGCUAUGAUUUCCCCCUAAUUGAUCUUGUGAAGUAUCAGGCUAGGCCCCAGAUAAUCUAUGCAAGCACCAAAAGCGAAGAAAGUUUCUUAUCAGCCCUGCAGCAAAAUGAUGGCACGACUGAGGCCCCUACACUAAAAUUGGUGAAAAGUUCUAUAUUCAGCUACGAACAGGCAUGGCACAGGUUGAUAUACCUUAGAGUAACAGGAAUGGAUGAUGGGUUAAACAUCAAGGAGAGGAUCUGCUACCUCAGUUCCAUGAUGGAUAUGAAUAGUGAAGUUCAAGUUCGUGCCAGUGGUGGUCUUCUUGCAAUAUUAGAGAGUGAGAUGAUUGUGGAUACCCUUGAGCAUCAAGAAUCAGGGCGACCAUCAAUUACCAUCGACUCGUUAGCAGAAGUAUCAUUAAACAAAUUUCUUAAAGUUGAUGCAACAGCUCAUGAGGCUUUGCAGAUCUUCCUGGUGGACAAACAUCCUAGCCAUAUGGGGAUUGGUAGAGCAAAAGAAGGGUUCUCUGUAUUUGGCAUGAUGAAUAAGUGUCUAACUCCGGUUGGUCGACGCCUUCUGAGAAACUGGUUUCUGCGGCCCAUACUAGACUUGGAAAUGUUAGAUCGUCGUCUCAAUGCUAUUUCAUUUUUCCUAUGUUCUGAAGAACUAAUGGCUUCUUUACGUGCAACAUUGAAGUCAAUCAAGGACAUUCCUUACAUUUUGAAGAAAUUCAACUCUCCAAGCUCCGCGUGCAAUAUUAGUGAUUGGUCAGCCUUCUUGAAGAGCAUUGGUUCGCUCCUGCAUGUGGAGAAACUAUUUCAGACAGGCGUUUCUGGAAACCUACAAGAGCAUGCACAGUACUUAAAUUUGGAUAUCCUCGAGCAGGCUUCAUCAUGCAUCACUACAGAGCUAGCUUAUGUCUAUGAAUUUGUUAUUGGUAUAAUUGAUGUUACUAGAAGCAAAGGAAAAGGUUACGAGACAAUGGUGAAGGAAGGCUUAUGUGAGGAGCUGGAUGAGCUGAGGCAAAUCUACGAUGAACUUCCUGAAUUUCUCCAACAGGUGUCAUCAGCAGAGCUUGCACAGCUUCCUCAUUUGAGUCGAGGGGAACUUCUUCCUUCUAUAGUGUACAUGCAGCAAAUAGGUUAUUUGUUAUGCAUUUUUUAUGAAAAACUUGAUGAUAUCUCACUUGCAAAGCUUCAUGACUGUGAAUUUGUGUUUUCUGAUGCUGAUGGACAGACUGAAAGAUUUUUUUAUCGUACGCCGAAGACUAGAGAAUUGGAUGAACUUCUGGGAGACAUAUAUCAUAAAAUUCUAGACAUGGAAAGAGCAAUUACUAGAGAUGUGGUCUCACAUAUACUUCAAUUUUCCGUACAAAUGCUUAAGGCGAUUGAUUUUGUAGCUGAACUUGAUUGUCUUCUGUCAUUGGCUCUUGUCGCUCGCCAGAACAACUAUGUGAGACCUAUUUUAACUGAAGAAACCUUGAUUGAUAUACAAAACGGAAGACAUGUUUUACAGGAAAUGACUGUUGACACAUUCAUUCCUAACGAUACGAAGAUUGUUGAUGAGGGAAGGAUCAACAUCAUCACUGGCCCUAACUAUUCAGGGAAGAGUAUCUACAUUAAGCAGGUGGCUUUGAUCGUCUUCCUUUCCCACAUUGGCAGUUUUGUUCCUGCAGAUGCUGCAACUAUUGGGUUGACUGACAGGAUAUUCUGUGCGAUGGGAAGCAAACUUAUGACUGCAGAACAGUCAACAUUUAUGAUAGACCUACAUCAAGUAGGAAUGAUGCUAAGGCAGUCAACCUUCCGAUCCUUGUGUUUGCUGGACGAAUUUGGCAAAGGUACCCUUACAGAAGAUGGCGUUGGUCUACUUGGUGGCACCAUAAGUCACUUCAUUGCUUCUGAGGACCCUCCUAAGGUUCUGGUGUGCACUCACUUGAGCGAGCUAUUCAAUCAGAGUUGCUUGCCAGAGUCUGAGAGGGUGAAGUUUUACACCAUGAGCGUGUUGAGGCCUGACGACAACUCUGUGGGUUCUGAGGACAUUGUUUUCCUGUACAGGCUAGUUCCAGGACAUGCACAUCUUAGCUACGGACUGCACUGUGCUUUUCUUGCUGGUGUUCCCGAAGAAAUUGUAAGGAGGGCAGCACUCAUACUGGAAUCUGCCAUGGAGAGCACCUCUGUGGAGCGAUUGUGCAGCGACAGUAUAUCUGCUCAAGAUCAGUUGUACAAGGAUGCCCUGGACAAGAUGUUGGCGUUUGAUGUUAACAAUGGCGAUCUCAACCUCUUCUUCAAGGAGAUCUCCUUCUAG